GUGUGUAGUGCCACCGCUCCGGGUACAUCUCUAUGAUUAGCUGAUUAAGGAAAAACUCGAAAUGGGAUCGUAGCUUCCCAGAUGUUUUGCUGACACAGUUUCAAAGUGAUACGAACGAAAAGAACAAGCUGAGGAGAAGACGGUCAUCAUCUUUUAGCUGUAUUGGAGAUCUGAAGCUGAAGACUUGAGAAUGAGAAAUGUCGCAUCCAACGACCCGUCUCCGGCAUUACAGGACAAUGACAGCCAUCUGUUUCGUCUGCAACUUGCCGAUCCUCAGUCACCAGGUGGGGCUGGUGUGGCAGGGCGGCAAUGGCUGGGACGACAUGGUGAGAGAGCAGGUAGAGGAGUCCACUCUGAGGAGUCGUCUAGGCGCCGGACGUCGCGACUCCUCGGCGCAGAUCACCAGCAUCUCUCCUCCUACAGAGACCCAAGAGACGUCACCCCCCGUGUCAGGGAGGCGUCGACGCUCCUCUCUGGCACAGCUCACCGAUAUACUCCGCGAGUGGAGCGGACAUCCGGCGAAAACGCGCGGUAGCAAACCCCUAGUGCGCCGCGAGACGCUGGCCGACCUCGCACGGUCCCUGCCGUGGUCCAGGCCCGCAGACUCAGGCUCGUACCGGAAACGCCGCGAAUCGUCCGCGGACUCUGGAGUGAAGUCGGCGUCCACCAAGUCGCGUCGCGAGUCGGGUAGUACGAUCGCCGCCGAUAUCGCACGUAUCUGGAAGAGCAAGGACACGAGAGACACGGUGAUAGUGGCGUCCACGGAGCGACGACGAAGUUCUGACGCGUCGCACCGCAGCGGCGGUAGGAGAGACUCGAACGCGUUACCGGGAAGUUCCAGGAGAGGCUCUGGGGAGUCGGCAAAGAGUGGGAGAAGGGACUCCAACGCGGGGGCCGUGCCUCAGCAGACACCCAAGAUACAACAUCAACACACGCAUAGACAUCACCACGGGAGGAGAAAGUCCAAGCCGAGUAUAGAGCCUCCACCGGCAAAGUACUAUAGAGACGACCAGAGACCGUCGACCUCCUCUACGGCCUCGGACAGCGCCCCCGUGGUCCUCACUCUCUCCUCCACCACCGACAUGGGCACUGGAGUGUUACCUCCUCCUACAAUAUCUCUAACUGCCUCCAUCACUCCCCCACCUACGUCUCCAGGAUGGCCGACCACGCCCGUGUCCUCUGCGGCGCCGGCCUCUCCUACAGCGCCUCCACCCACCACCACCACGGCCGUCACCCCCGGGUCUGGCACUCCUCCGGUCAUCCCAUCCACCACGACAGCCACCGCCACCAGCUCGGCUACCACUACCACCACUACUGCUACCUCACCCGCCCCAGCCCCCCACCCACUGCUGAACACUAGACGAGACUCUACCACACAGGUUUACCUGAAGGAGUCACGGAGAAGAGACUCCAGGGCUGGCCACGACCGCUCCCCCGAGCGACGACCGGUCAACAAGGAACCCUCCCCUAACAAGUUCAGACUCCCUAGACAGUCCACCGCUAUAGAUGAGAGUUGCCUGCCCCCAGGCGUGUGGGGACGCCGAGGGUCACAGCCCACCGCCCUCUCUCCCGACCCUGAGGACAGUACCUCUAGGAAAGCCAGAAGAGACUCUCUCUCCCCGGACUCCGCCAGCUACUCCAGGUCUGGCAGACGAGAUUCCCGAUCCCACCUGUCCCCGGACAGGACAGGGGAUCGUGACGUCUCCCCGGUGGGAAGGAACAGGAGAGGUAGACUUAGAAGGCAAUCUACCUCAAUAGCUGGGAAUCGUAGAGGUUCCCAUUCUCCGAGAUCCCCUGACUCCUCCUCGACGUGUUCCUCUAGAGAUCCCUCCCCUUCCAACAAGCCGGCCGCUCCUCCCCCCGUGUCUUACGAGAGGCCUGCGAUUCGAAGACAAUCCACGACCGAGGAGAUCCUCAUCGCUAGAGGGUUCCGCAGACAGUCUACUACCGAGGAGAUGAUUCGGUGUCGAAACUUCAGAAGGCAGAGUUCACAGAGUGACGACUGCUGCAGAUACAGAGGAAGGAGAGACUCGAGUGCGCAGAUCACUGACGGAACACUCGCUACCAUGACAGUGGAGACCACCAGCACCUUCUUCGACUCCAGCACUCAAACAGAGCCCUCGGCGCUAUACGACAAUAACCAUUACCAUGAGGAAUGCCUGCGCUGCAACUCCUGUGGCCUCAAUCUGACCGGGCCCAACCAGAAACGCGCUCGUCGCUUCAAAAACCACAUCCUGUGCGACCUGCACUUCGCCGACGUUGCGCUCAUGGAGUGCUCGGACUUCAUGCAGCAGUUGCGCAGCUUCAAGCCCCAGUCGCUCGGCUGCGCUGUUGCUAGGAGAAAGAGUUCCACGACGCUAAUCUUCCCGUUACCACCACAAGCAUGUUCAGAUGAGUUUUGCGAGGAGUUCCCUCACAACCUGAUCCCCACGCCCGGCUACUGGAUAGAAUGUUCCCGGCAGAAGAUCGCCUCCGACACCAUCUGGGACGAGAGCGAGAGCGACAGGGACGACGACAGGGUAGACGACGACGACACCGAGGAUGCAAGGCCUUCCAGAGACAUGCUGCUGGAGGAUGACGAGGAUGAUGAGGAAGAGGAACCACCGAGGAAAAAGACGACAAUCGAGGAACAGUGGGAGAAGAACGGAGGUUUUGAGCUGACGUCGGUGGAGCAGGAGACUUAUGAAAAGUACUUCUAUGGGACCGAACAUUGGAACUACUUCACCAACGAUGAGGAUUUGGGGCCGGUCAUCCUCAGCAUCAAACAGGAAAUGCUCAACGGCAGGGAUCAGUUCAGGAUACUGGUGCGGGCCAUCAGCUACACGGUGCAUGGUCUGAUUCCUGCCUCCUGUGUGUUCGCUGACCGCUACAACCGCGAGGAGGUGGUGCGCUCUCUCGGCAAGGAAGUCAACAUCAACCCUCCUCUAGUGCUAGGACAGCUGCCCGACACUCCGGAGGAGCUCCUCAAGCUGGAUCAGGUGUUCAUCAAGUCCGAGCUCAAGGUAGGCGUGUUGUAUGUAAAGGAAGGGCAAUACACCGAGGAAGAAAUACUGGACAACAAUGAGAAUAGUUCACUUUUCAACGAGUUUUUGCAAAUCCUAGGCGAGAGAGUGAGAUUAAAAGGUUUCGACAAGUACAAGGGAGGUUUGGACACCGUGCAUGACCUGACGGGUCUCUACUCAGUCUACACCAACUGGCGAGGAAUAGAAAUCAUGUUCCACGUCUCCACACAGUUGCCUUACGAGAGCCACGAUCCUCAAAAGCUUCAAAGGAAGCGACACAUCGGCAACGACAUUGUAUGUGUCGUGUUCCUAGAAGCGGACAAUACGUCGUUCUCACCCGCCUGUAUCAAGUCUCACUUCCUUCACACAUUCAUACUCGUAAGGACCAGCCCAAGGAUCAAACGGAAACCCACCAGAUAUGAGGUGUCGGUGGUGACUCGGGACGAGGUCGGGGCCUACAAGCCCUACCUGUGGGAACAGUCGGUGUUUGACAAGGGUCCAAUGUUCCGGGAAUGGCUGCUCACCAAGAUAGUGAACGGAGAGCGAGCGAGCUACUCAGCACCCAAGUUUGCCAGGAUGCAGGAGCGAACCAGGUCACAAAUGCUGGAGGACAUUGUAGCCAACCUUGCCAACCACGCAGAGACUGGGCAGAUACCAAAACCUUACAGGCGUGGCUCGUGGAGACCUAUAGGACACAUGAGACCGUCCAGUCCUCUCUUGGAUUCCGUGAGAGAUAGAUUCGAGGAGUACGACCAACUAGCAAAAGACUUUGCCAAAGUGUUCUCACAAGAUGAUGCAAACAUUGCCAUCAAUGCUCACCUCUUUGAUGUAAUCUUCCUGGUUGGUCAAUCCAAACAGAAAAGUAAACUGAUUGGAGUACGAGCAAUUCUUGGAGUUCGAAGCAGGGUUUUUCAAGAGAUGCUGUAUGGUAUUUCGACGGGGUUCGGCUCCCCACAAGUGCCUGUCGCAGAGCUCCUAGCUAGAGCUGUGCCUAGUCUGCCGAGCCCUCAGAAGCCAAAGAGCAGCAAUUUCCUGCAAGUUCCUGAUAUCGAAAGUCCAAGGCCUAAAAGUGUGCCAAGUUCUCCUAUGGUGAAGAGAGCCUUCUCGAGGUUAGGAACGCUGACAGCUGGAUGGGGCAGAUCCAUAAGGAAGCAACACACGCAACUGUCAGCCGAGGACAAGAAGAAAUGGGCCUCUUCUCAAGACUGUUCAAAUAAAGAUGGCAAAGACAAGGACAAAGACAAGCCAGGGGCGUCUCAGUUAGCAGUGCCUAGGCUCAGUGUGUGUGCGGAUGUGCAGAAGGUGGACAGGGCCAAACUAGCUCAAGUAGAGUUUACUAUCAUAGAGUUUGACCCAGAUACCUUCCGGAUAUUGCUGGACUACCUACACACCAGCUCUUGUCCACUGACAUGUACCAACAUUCCUGGGCUGAUAUGUGCGGCAGAGCAUUACGAUCUGCCAGAACUGCUACAGGCUUGCUUCCAUCACGCCAAGCAGUUCUUGCGGAUAGAAGUGGUUUGCUCAAUGCUGUGUUCGCUGGAGAACUAUUACUGGAGAUACACGUCGGCCUCGGAGCUGGUCAACAUGAUCCUAGCCUUUGUAGAGACCCGAGCCCACCAGCUGUUCCAGAUGACGGACUUUGUGAACUUGUCCGAGUCCAUGGUUCAGAUGAUUAUGUGUCGUAACUUGGAGAUCCCUGAGGUUAGGAAGUUUGAGGCGAUGUUGGCGUGGGCCAAACACAAGAUCCGGACAAAGUCUUCAACAAAGAUGGAUGCCAAACUGGAGUUUAAAGUCACCAUGGAUAGGCUAUCAAGAGAUCUCAAACUGUAUAGGAUAUCACCACAGGAAUUGAUAAAGAUUGUUCUUCCAACAAAAGCAAUCAAAAACGAGAGGAUCCUGGAGACGCUGAUGUUCCAAGCCAACUCCGGGAUGUACCGGAUACAGGAAGGUUACCUUGAGGCGUGCCAGCAAAGACUGCAAAAACAGGAUUCUAGGUUUAGUGAAUGGGAAUCGUUCGACUAUGGUAUUUAACACCAAGCUAAAGAGACGUUGACAUAAACUGUCUGUCUCUUCUCUGCUUACUAAGUGUUCUUCUGGUCAAAGACUUUCUACUGUAAUGUAUGAUUAUUUUCCGUCAACAUUGAGCAGUCAGUGUUAAGACCCUGUUGAGCUAAAACGUGUGAUGUUCAUGAUUACGAUGAUUAACUGUUUAAAAUCGUAAUAUUAUGUGCUCGUAAGGGUUUUGAAAAUUAAUUUUUUUAAAUUUUUGUAAGAAAAUGUACUACGGUAUAAAACAAAAAAACAGUAUGUUUUUUUACUGUCUUAGUCAGAUUUAAUAUCUGUGAUUUAGUCAUGUGUAGAUGGCUUUAUCUUGAUUUCACUGGGAUUUCAAUUAAAAUGCAACAAAUAAUUUUGAACUAUUAUUCUAAACACAAGAAUCUACUACUUAACAACUUCUUUAUAGUUUACUAAAGAAAUCUCAAGUACAUUUAUCACACUGUCAAUAUACAACUAUUUUUUUAUGAGUAGGUAUAACAUAACAUUUACAAACAUUAAUGCAAAAAAAAUCAUUUGUGGUUCUUACAAUUUGACUGCUCAAAAAUUUGACGUUUUUACGACACCCAAGCAUGUCAAAGUAAUUUAUAUCUAGAAAAGUGAAAUCAGCUAUCCUUGGUUAGUUGUAAAUGUUAUUUAAUUAAUAUAAUUUGAUUGGCAUAAGUUUGAAAUGUAUAACUCCAGAAACAAACAACAUUAAACAUCCAAAAUUAUAAUACUAAAUUGUAAUUGGAAUAUUUGAAUAUUAUAUUCAGUACGGUACUAUUGUCUCUAAAAAACACUUUUGACUUUUUGUAUUGUUAGUAAAAUUUUGUGGUAAGUUAUGGACAAUAGCACUUAAUAUUAAUGGGAUUGACUUAUAAUAUGUCAUUAUUCUAUAAUGUUACUCCUUGAAAUCGAAAUAAGUAAAAUAAGAUUUUUUUAAUACAUUAUAUCUAUUGUAAGUCAACCCUGUUACAAUUAUUUUAUUCCAAUUGAUUCUAAAAUAUAACAAAUAAACUGAGCUACAGUAUUUGCUAAAAACUUUUACGUUUUGAAAUUGAAAAUGCCCUACUGUUAUUAGACCCAGGCCCACUUUUAUAAACGGGCAGACUGGGCAUAUGCCCAGGGGCGCCGGAGGUUUGGGGGCGCCCACCGGGUGCCCCUUAACCACCGCCCGCCCGCACUAGGAAAAAAGGGGGCGCUGCUUUUGUGUUUGACCAGAGCUCCACUGGCCCUUAACGCAGCCCUGAUUAGACCUCAAAAAUAUAAUUAAAACAUUAUAUUAAAGCUAAAACGCUAAGAUUAAUGAUCAAGUUAUAGAGGUCUUUUGGACACUGAUCUACUUUUAAUUUCAAAUUGCUUUUUCCAGAAAAUAACAGGAUGAACAAAAAAUUAAUUAUUUUAUAACUCAAUGCAGUUAGUAUUAUAAAUUAAAGAUCGUCAUUUAUACCAUAGACAAAAAGAAUUAAAUAUUGACCGUCAGCUGUGCUGCGGUUACCAUAGGUUCUGGCGCACACCGCUUGGAGCACCACGGUAGUUACGGCGUACGCACUACGUAAACUACAGCGGUGUGCGCCGGAACCUAUGGUAACCAUGGCAACCGAAGCACGGCUGACAGUCUAUAUUUCAUUCUUUUUGUCUAUGUUUAUACUAACCAAUAGCUGGUUUACUUUUCUCUCUUAUUGGGCUCAUAUUUUACUUUGAUUUAACUAAGCACUAUGAGAUACUUUACCUACUGUCUCACUUGUUAUCUGUUGAACUGUUGAGGAAUAAUUUAUCUACGUUUAAAUAAUUUGUUACAUGUAAUAUCUAGAUAUUUUUAAAGCUUUAUGGGAUCAAAAUAAAAAACAUAUUCUUAGGCUAUUGUAAAGUUGUUCAAAGUAUUGAUGUUUUUGGUACGCCUUUUUUCAAGAGUAUCUCUGUAAAAAUAUUUUUAUAACUUCCAGCCAAGAGAGGUAGUUAUUUUUGCCAUGUUUGAUGUGGACACCACUUCAGCUGUCAAAAACAGUUUCUUUGCAUUGCUGAAAAUGUUUGUGAUAUGGUCUGUACCAAACUUUUUAUUAUUAUAAUAUAAGUAUGGUUGCAAACAUUCAAUUUGGAGAAUAAUCAAAAUUCUGAAAGGUAACUUCUUGAUUAAUGUUUGUCAGUCAACAAAUGUUAUUUAUUUGAAUGAGUGGGAUGGUCAUAGUGGAAUUUUUUUAUUAUAAAAAAAUAUUAUAAAAUUGCAUAAAAGAGUAAAAAAAAUUAACAGGUGUUCAAUGAUUUUCAUUUUACAGAGACGUGUUUGAUGAUGAUACCUAAUAGCUUGUGGCAUGGUUUAUUUCUUUUCAUUCUAGAGAGGGUGCUAAAAGUUGUGACAGGUCCAAAAUAAUCUUCAAAAUUCAGGUUUGGAAAACUGAAAUUUUUAUUGUAAUUGGCAGCAAGUACUUUAGUUUGAAUUCGGGCAAAGAUAUGCAUAGUUACUAAAUACAGUUUUUCCUCAAUAAUCCUUGAAUUCAUAAUUUAGAUAUUUUUAUUCUAUGUUUGAAGUUUGAUGGUGAGUUAUUUAAAGGGAAGAGCUUAUUGCACACAUUUUCCCUCACGAUUAAAGUUCACAAAAUGUUCACAAUGUUUAGGGGUUGUGUCUAGAAAAUUUCUAAAUUGAUUAAUUAGUAAUCCUGCAGUUUUUUAGGCAGGUUGCAUAAGCCUUUGUUUUGUGGUAAUUGUUUAAAAAAGGAAUUUUAAUACAGUUUGAAGUACUUUUAAAUAUCACUAACCCCUCCCUUCCUGUUACGGCCCUACCUUAAAACCAAAAAUUGUUUUAACCAAAACUAUUUAUUAAUUUCCUAACAAUCCCUACAUACUAAACAGAAUCAAAAUGUAUUUGUUCUUUUCUUAAAUAUUUUUAAUAAAAACAAAUUUGUUUAUAUAAAUUAUAAUUAUUUAACUUCAAUUUGAGUGAUAAAAUUCAAAAUUUUAAAAAUUUUAAUCCUCUUUUACCAGAUAGCGUUUUAUUACAAAAAUAUUUUUAAUUUUAGCGAACUGCUUUUACACAUAUUUGACAUGCUUAAAUGUAAAAAAAUAAUAGGUUUGGUAUAGAUUAUUAUCUUGAAGUGUUUAUACAUACAUGACAUAAUAUUCUCCAUUAGGCCAACUGGAGAAAUGUGUAUGUUCUAAUGAACCUAACUGUUGUAUGUUUAUAUAAAAAGUUUAUUUCAUGUGUUGUUAACCUUUUUUAGCUGAAACAGUUUACAUUCCCCCUAAAAAUAUUUCAACGUUUUGCAAAAAUGUAUUUAUUCACUACUAUUAGUAAAAAUGUAUAUUUGAAUUUUAUUUUGAAAAUAUAAACCGCAUAUUUACAAUAUCAACUUUGCUCAAUAUAGGGCCGUACUCCCAACCGGUUUUCCCAAACAAUUUUACAAUUUUACUGGGACCCACCAAACAUAUACUUCAAGGGGAAGGGGGCCCGGCCAAAAUAUCUUUACCGGACCUGCCAAAGCUGGGUACGGUCCUGGUUCAAUAGAUGUUAAAGAGAUAAAGAGUAAAAAGUUAAUAUGGAACCACCCAGACACAAUGUGAUAAAAGGCAAUAUUUUCAAUUAAUAGUUUUAAAAAUUAUAGGCCAAUUUUAUUCAAAUUACUUUAAUUUUUACCAUUUAAUAAAAUAAAUUAGUAAAAUUAGAACUAAUGUUAUCAAAUUGAACCUUUUAUUAUCAGGGAAAAGUCUUAUAUUUUAAACCUUUACUAUCAAUAAAAUACAUUAUUACUGCAAAUAAAAAUUAAGAUUGGUAGUAUAAUGUAUUUAUUAUUUUUUGCUGUUUCAAAAACAAUAGUUGACAGAAAACCAUUGAGGUACUAAAGUUUAAUAAAUAUAAUCAAAUGAUGUUAAACUUAUAAUGUAAACAUUACCAUAAUUUUCAAUUUUAUUAUAUGUCAAUUAUUUCAAAAGAAUCAUACAAUUGUUCAUCUAAAUUGUGAAAUUCAUAUUUUGUCAACAAAUUGUGUUGAAAUUAAAAGCUGCAAGUUGUUUACCAUAAAAAAUGUAAACUGUUUCCAGCGAAAUCGUUCCACACUGUACUGUUGAAUGGUCUAAACAAUAUUUACUAAUACGCUUAUACACUGAAAUCAAUGGGUAACCGUGUUCUCCUAGAGUAAGCUAUGUAAGCCAAAGUCUAUGUUAACUGUGCCACAAUCGGUUCUCUGCACCCCUAUCCAACUACCCUACCCUCCCAGUACAAAUUGUGGCAGUGUGUAUUAUUUGUUGUGUAAGUGAUACAUUGUACCUUUUAAUUUAUAUCGUUGAUAUUUUUCUAUGAGAUUUUAUAAUAUCGUUUGUGUUUGUUGGACUUAAUAGAUGUAUUCGUAUUUGUUUACUGUAUUUGCAAAUUAUUUGUCCAGUGAUUCGAAUUAUCGGGUGAAAAUUGAUGGCGAACUUGAGUUUGAACAAAUAUGUACAAUUUAUAAUAUUUUAAGACAGAAUAGGUUAAUGUGUAUCUAAUUGUUUCCGGUCAACGCAAACUAUUGAAUCAACUGGUGAGUCGAGUCGGUGGCUCAGUUGGUAGCGUCGCGGACUUCGGGCCCAAGGCAGUAGUGUCGUGGGUUCGGACCCUGGUCACUGCCACAAACUUUUAUCAGUACAGUUCACCUUUGUACUGUACCAGCUCACCCCUUAAAGAAGCCGCCAACCUCUUAAAUAAAUAAAAAAAACUUGUACUUAUCUAUAUAUUAAUUUGAAACUGUUUUUCUUUGUGACAGCUAAUUUGAGAGAACGGCUGGGCGUAGAAACUUGGUAGGGGUCUCCAAAGAAAGGUCUUGGUCUGUAGAUGAGCCAUCAAAAGAGAAACGAGGUAAAUCCCCUUGGGGCUCUGCCCAGAGACCUUUAAAGUCCCCUCAGCAGAUUUGUUUACAUUAUGACAAUAUGUAUAAUUUUACACUAAUUUUAAUGAAACAGCUGUUAAUAUUUAAAUUGUAAUUUACUGAAUUUGUCAAAAUGAAGUAUUUGCAAUGGUUUUUUCUGUGAGUUUAAAAUCGAUUUUCUUCUGCAUCGUGUCAUGUUUUGCAAUAUAAUAUUCUAUUGCCAAAUCAGUGGAAAAUCCUAAUAUCACAGUAACUCUUAAAAUUAUUUGUUAUGGAGUUAACUUAUUCGCAAACAAUGGAAACAUAAGAAAGUCAUAGAACACAACCAAAUAGAAGAAAUAGAAAUACAAUCGUUAUUAUAGAGAACCUAAUGCGGCUAUUAGUAGGAAACAUUUGUAGAAAACUCUAAAAAACAAGAUCAGCUUUUGAAAAAAGAUAAGAUAUUUACAAACAGUUUUGAUUAUAUCUAACUGUUGUGUACAUCGUGAGUAUUUCCAUAAUCUUUGAGUCGGCUUUUAUAAAGUCAUCGAAAAUUAUGACAGUUAUUCGUUUUAAAAUAACGCCUGUAAUACUUCGCAACUGCUCGAAUUCAAGCAAAAGGUACACUAGUAUAUAUUAUGUCCUUAAAAUUUGCUCAAGCUUUCCCAAUGUUUGAAAUUUUUAGAGGGUUCAUUUGAAAGCAAAAUAUUAAUUGGUCUCAGUAGUAAAAGAAUUCAACACCAUAUUGUAUACAUCUGCCAUUAUUUCAUUUAGGCCCUACUUUAUAUAAAUUUCAUUAGACAUUGAUUUCACUCUGUUUGGUCAAAUUUUAGAGAGUUUGGAAAACUAAUAUUUAAAAUUUGUUUCUAUAAUCAAUUGGGGGAGCUGAAACCUGAGCUGACCCUCCACUCAGGGGGAGCUGUUUUCUGUAUUUUUGUAUUAUACUUAAAUGAAUGCAAGAUUCCCUUUUACCCCUUCACUCCCAGGGUGAAGAAGGGUAAAGCAAUGUAGUUUAAUGUCAACAUUUGGGCAGACAUUUGAUUUUUAUAAACAUGAUUAUCAUGGUAGGAAAACAAUAUUUAAAUAGUGCAUGAUAGAAUUUAAAAAUAUUAUAAAACCAAUUUCAAAUUUGUCCAUCAGGUUCCUACAACAGUAAGUAAAACUUUUACUGUGUACAAUGACUCCAUAUUUAUGUUUUGUUGCAAUGAAUUCCACAACAAUUUUCAGAGGUCCUGUGGGCCUUAUCUUAUUGCAGAAUCUAGUUUUAACCAUCCAGUGCUAUCAAAGUUUAUAAAUCAAAAUAUUGUUUGUAAACACUGAUUAAAACUACAGUUUACUGAUUAAUCUGAUUAGCUCUGAUAUUGCAAAAAUUUGAUGGGAGGCAAAACCUACCCUGACUCAUUUUUUAGCUUUUCUAUUGUUAACAUUGGUAGGAUAAAGCUUAAACGCAAUUAAUGAGGUUGGUACAUUCCAAAAUUUACUUGGAAUUCAAAAAUUAAUUCAUUCUCCUGACAAUAUUUUGCCAGCAUAUACUUGAAGAGUUUUCUGGGAUAUGAGGAUUUACUAAAAUGUGUUUAGCUAGCUGAGGAAAUAUGUACCUAAUUCUAUCUAUCUCAGAUUGGCAAGGGGGCUGUGUUUAAAAUGUAAUUACAGUCCAUAAAGUAAUACCUGGAGAUUAAAUUACAAAAAUACCUUAUGGGUCAAAAUAUUUCAUUUUUGAUAUUUGAUUAUAACAAAAUUACACUGUAAAAAGUUAUUUUGUCUUACACCAAAAAGGUGUAAAUAAACUAAUCGUAACACUACAACUUAUAAUUUUUCAGAAAAUGAUAAGUAUUCAGUAAUUAUUCAUAUCAUAGAAUCACUGGGCAAAUUACAGCAAUAAUCGUUUAAGUUUUAUAAAAGCUUUAAUAUAGUGAUCGUUGUAAAACUUUACUUAAAUCUAUUUUUCCAGAUUUAAAAAAUGAGAAAAAAUACUAAGUGUCUUAUGUGUAAAUAAUGGAUAAAUUUAAUUCAAACCAAACGUGUCUGUAAGUGUGGAUGUUAAGGUGUUUUGUAUGUAUAAGGCACCAGACUCUUCGAAUGACUUUUCUACGAAUCUUAGACAUAAGAAUGAAUUAGUUUAGAGAUUGUAUUUUGUACAUACGUGGAUAUAUGUGCUUCAUGUCUGUGCAGUGGUAUCUGUUCUACAGUGUGCAAACAUGGAAUAAAGUCAAAGUUUAUUUAGAUAA